AUGCAUCUCUAUAAAGCAGCUUGUGCGGACAUCCCCAGCCCCAAGCUGGGGCUCGGGAAAUCGGGUGACUCGGCUUUGAAGGGGAAACGGCCUCUCGUGGGGCCCCAGGCGCGACUUCCAGCAUGGUGCGGGCCUGGGAAGAGCAGCGGAGCCGUGGAACGGAAGCAUUUGGAGAAGUUCUUAAGAGUCCACGGGCUCUCGUUACAGGAGACGGUCCGGGCAGAGACCGGCAUGCCUUACAGGAAUCUUGGGAAAUCAGGACUCAGAGUUUCCUGCUUGGGCCUUGGCAAAUGGGUUUUGUUUGGUGGGAGAAUCAGGGAUGAAGUUGCUGAAAGACUAAUGACAAUUGCCUACGAGAGUGGCGUCAACCUCUUUGACACUGCAGAGGUCUAUGCUGCUGGCAAGGCUGAAGUGAUCCUUGGAAGUAUCAUCAAGAGGAAGGGAUGGAGGAGAUCCAGCCUGGUCAUAACAACCAAACUCUACUGGGGUGGAAAAGCUGAGACGGAAAGAGGAUUGUCACGAAAACACAUCAUCGAAGGACUGAAGGGUUCCCUCCAGAGACUGCAGCUCGAAUAUGUGGAUGUUGUCUUUGCCAAUCGGCCGGACAGUAACACACCCAUGGAAGAAAUUGUGCGAGCGAUGACCCACGUGAUAAACCAGGGGAUGGCCAUGUACUGGGGCACGUCAAGAUGGAGCGCAAUGGAGAUCAUGGAAGCCUAUUCUGUAGCAAGACAAUUCAACAUGAUUCCACCAGUAUGUGAACAAGCUGAGUAUCAUCUUUUCCAAAGAGAGAAGGUUGAGGUACAAUUGCCGGAACUAUAUCACAAGAUAGGAGUUGGGGCAAUGACCUGGUCCCCGCUCGCCUGUGGGAUCAUCUCAGGGAAAUAUGGCAAUGGUGUGCCUGAAAGCUCCAGGGCAUCACUCAAGGUUCUUCCAAAGAUGACUUCGCAUGUGGUGAACGAGAUCGACACCAUCCUGCGGAACAAGCCCUACAGUAAAAAGGAUUAUCGUUCCUAAUAGGUUGCAUGAGAAGACGGAAGUGCAUGGUUAAAGCAGGGGCUUGUACACAGUGCCGAACUGUACCAAUAUCCAGUCAUCCGAGUCCCUUAGCAGCCUCUAGCGUUCCCGGAUCCUUCGAGGUGUCUGCUGUCGCUACCACUGUGCGCCAAGGUCCGAAAGCACAUCCGAAGACUUAACCACCGACAAUAGCGAUUCUAUUUUCUUAUCUAUGACUAAAGCUGCUGAUC